AUGGCCUCGAAACACUUGAUCAAUUCGCCUUCCACCCUCGUUAUCGAGUCACUCGAGGGCCUUUGCUUGCUCAAUCCCGAUUUGAGACUGGAUAAGGAUGCUAGAGUGCUCUUCAGGCCUUUAUCUAGCAAUUCAUCUCAGAAAGUUUCUCUCAUUUGCGGUGGUGGCUCAGGCCACGAGCCUGCUCACGCAGCUUUCGUCGGGAAAGGACUUCUCACUGCCGCUGUAUCCGGAAGUGUCUUCGCAAGUCCUAGUGGAAAACAGGUCAGGCGAGCGGUCGAAUUGGUGCAUCCGCAAAAUUCGAGUUCGGGCAAUACUGAAGAAGGAGCGGGAACGUUGAUCAUUGUCAAGAACUAUACAGGAGACGUACUGAACUUUGGACUGGCCAAAGAAGCAUUAGGCUCAUAUCCGGCAUAUGCCAACUCAGUUCGUUUCCUCACCGUCGCUGACGAUGUUGCUGUCCCUCGUUCUCGAAUCACUCUUGUUGGACGACGGGGGCUUGCUGGAACUGUCCUGACGUACAAAAUUAUUGGUGAGUUGGCUGCGAGGGGUGCGAGUUUAGAUGAAGUUGAGAAAGUUGGUCAAUACGUGGCGGAGAAUCUGGCUUCCAUCGGUGUCGCCACCGGCCAUUCACAUGUACCUGGAACCGAGCGGGGACAGGAUGUAUUGGGAGAAGACGAGAUUGAAAUUGGUAUGGGAAUUCAUAACGAACCAGGGGUUCUACGUCUCCACGGUUCCAGCGGCCUUCCGCCUCCUUUAUCCGAAAUUAUGCCUCGUCUCGUUAAUCUGUUGACUGUUUCCCAAGAAGAAGAUCCUGAACGAGGCUGGGUCUCAUUCGCACCUUCCGCCGAUGUGGUGUUGAUGGUGAACAACCUCGGUGGCCUAUCACCCCUUGAACUCUCCGCUGUGUCUGUAGAGGCCACAAAAGUCAUAUCGGACAAAGGAUUGAAAAUCAAAAGAGUGCUGUGUGGGACGUAUAUGACAAGUUUGAAUAUGCCGGGGUUCUCUCUGACUUUGUUACAGCUGCCGAGUGCAGGACAAGAGCCAAGUCAAGAUCUGCUUCUCUCUCUUCUUGAUUCUCCAGCAGAAGCUUCUGGUUGGGGCUGGGUUUCUAGCAGAGCACCUAUCCCCUUAUCUGACCAGAUAGUUUCAACCCCGUCAUCAUCCACGUCUGUGUCUACUACCAAAACUACCUCGUCAAAUGAUGAAGGCGCGAGACAAGUUGUUGAGGUUAUCAGACGCGCCUGCAACGCUCUCAUUCAUGUUGAGCCUGAAUUGACACGAAUGGAUACAGUUGCAGGAGAUGGUGAUUGCGGAUUAACGUUAAAGGCCGGCGCCGAAGGCGUACUAUCACUCAUCCAAUCCAAUGAAAUAAAUGGUCAUGAUCUUCCAACAACUUUCAUCGCGAUCGCUGGUGUUGCCGAGGACAAGAUGGGCGGAACAAGCGGAGGGUUGUAUUCCAUAUUCUUCUCUGCACUCGCUCAAGGACUACGCUCUUCUUCUUCAACCCCAGAAGUCAACUGGCCUUCAGCAUUGAACCACGCCCUUACGAAACUGUACACCUACACUCGUGCACGCCCUCCAUCGCGUACGCUCGUCGAUCCUCUCGAUGCUUUCGUGAAGGGUCUAUCUACAGACAAAGCUGAUUUUUUUAAGUCGUGCGAGAAAGCACAAGAAGCUGCUCGAGCCACGAAGGGGAUGCAAGCAAAGGCAGGGAGGGCUGUAUAUGGAGGUGGAGAGGAAAGCGAAGAGGAGAUGGAUCCGGGUGCGUGGGGAGUAGCUAUUUUGAGCUGA